AUGAGUGGAAGUUUUGAUGAUGAGGAAGAUCCAGAACAUUCGCAAGGUCCGGCACCGGCUCCGUUAGACCUGGGCAGGCUGGAGAGGCCAGAUCAGCUGGAAAAGGUUGACCAGUACAAGCGGAGAGUUGCCAGGAAAAAGGCUUCCGUGGAGGCCAUGUUAAAGACUGCAGUGCAGUCACAGCUGGAUGGUGUGCGAACAGGCUUAAACCAGUUGCAAAGUGCUCUACAGGAUGUGUACCAGAUCAAACAAAGCUUGGAUGAAAUAGAAGAAAAUUACAGAAUAAUUGAACCAUUGCACAGUAAGCUGAAGAGUCUCAAGGAGGAAAACAGUCGGUUCUGUCAGCUGUCAGCUGCCCAAGAAAAUCUCAGGCAUAUUUUCACAGUUCCAGAGAGUGUGUCCAAAACCAGAGAACUCAUCAUGGAGGGCAAACUUUUACAGGCACAUAAACAUUUGAGCGACUUGGAAGUGUCCAGGGAUGAUUUAUUGCUCGCCUUGCACAGACAACCAAAUCAGAGCCCCACAGACAAAAAUACUCUGACCCACUACUUCUCUGAAGUGGAGACCCUGUCCAAGGAUCUGGGCAAGCAGCUGUGGGUGAUCAUACAGAGGACCUUGUUGUCUGUCAGAAGAGAGCCCACCAUGAUCUGUACCGCUCUUCGUAUUAUAGAGAGGGAGGAGAGAAUGGAUUCAGCCUGGUCAAGAAAAUAUGACCAGACAGGAUUUUUACCGCCUGGAAGACCAAAGAAAUGGCGGGAGAGGUGCUUUGAGGUUCUGCAGAAUUCUAUUGCUGGUCGCAUUGAAGGCAGCCAGCUUGAGACCAGAGACCAGAACAAAAUGUGGCUAGUCAGACAUCUUGAAAUCACCCGACAACUGAUGAUAGAUGACCUGAAAGUUGUCAAGACACUGCUGCCUCCAGUGUUCCCCCCAGAUUAUGACGUGGUGAGAAGGUACACAAAAAUGUACCACAGAGCUCUCUCUGCUCACUUGCAGGAACUGAUAGACCAAAAACUUGAAGGAAAUGAAAUUGUAUCAUUGCUGCAGUGGAUUGGUGCUUACGAUUCCCCAGAGUUGAUGAGGCAUCCAGAGCUAAACAUAGAUGUCAAAGAACUAGGACCUCUGUUAGAGAACAACUUUAUUGUACAUCUGAGAAACCAAUACUUGAAAAACAUGAAGCAGAAUAUAGCGGAGUGGAGCAGGAACACACUGCGUACAGAUAUGAAGGACUGGAUCAAGGAUGAGCCACCAGACCAGGAUGGAGAUGGUUUCUUCAACACUCAGCUACCCGUGAUUAUUUUCCAGAUGAUGGAACAGAAUCUGCAAGUAGCCAACAUCAUUGGUCAAGAUUUGGUCAAGAAAGUUCUGGAACUGUUUGCAGAGGAGCUCAACAGAUUUGCCCAGGAAUAUUUUAUUGAACUACAAGGCUUUGAAGAGCGUCAUCUGGCAGACAGAAAGGAACCGAAGUACUUUGUUCACUAUGUGAUUGCCAAUGCAAACAACUGUCUGGCAUUUGGGGAGUACAUGAAAGAGUUGCGCAAAAGGUACAUCAAAAGUGACUAUGAGGAGGAGAUUGCUGACGAUACAGAACAGAUCAGGAAAGACCCAUUCCAGCAACUGACAGACAGGUUUCUGCAGUUGGCUAAGUUUUGCUGUGACAUCAUCUUGGAGGAACUGUUCAUUGACUUGCGAGAAAGCAACUGUCUCAAUGACCUCAUGACUAGAAACUGGAUGGCCAAUUCUAACGGCGUGGAGACCAUCAUUGCCACGUGGGCUGAUUAUCACAGAGACUUUCUGCACCUGAAGCCAACAAUGUAUGAGAUUCUCCUGGCUAAAGGUCAGAGAAGGGUCAUUAAGGAAUACCUCAAAGCACUUCUGUCAAGGAAACUCUCUUUCAAGAACUACGAGGAAAGGAAAGCGUCAGCAGAAAAGAUCUGUGCAGAGGCAGAACAAAUUAAACACCAGUUUAUAGACAUGUGUGGCAAACUG